AUGGCUACUGCGGCGUCUGUUGCUCCUGGCAGCCUGCCAACGGCCGGAGUUGGCGGCGCUCUCUACGACGAGGCCUUCCAAGUCCCAACAUACCCGGCUGCUCCGUUCAACAAGGUGACCUGGCGUCUCAUUGACACCUGGAACAACAUCAAUGUCAACUACGACACCAACCGUGGACUCGCAGCCGGCUUGGUCUGGGCCACUUUGGUCUACCUGCUUGCUCUUACUCCCACUCGCAAGAGAACCACUCUGUUCCACACCUUCAUGCUCAUCGGCUUGGUCUUCAUGCUCAUCAAAUUGAUGAUCGACAUUGUCUCGUCUCUCACCCCUGGUCUCCAGUCUUCCUCGGCUUAUACCUUUCUCACCCUCGACUUCACUGACAGCAUCUGGACCAAUGACUUCGUCGCCACUUUUGCCACCAGCCAAGUCACAGGAUGGUGUGCCUUCGUCUUCGCUGCCAUCUGUCUCUGGCUCCAGGCCAAAGGGUUGAUGACCGGAAUCAAAGCCCGAUACCCAAUCGUCUACAAAGUCAUGUUGACAUAUCUCAUCCUCACCUCGGUGGCUGCCUUUGCUGCUGCCAUGGCAUACAGCAUCCAGCAGAUCUUGCAGCUUGGCCAGAGUGGCGCUGAACAAUACGACGGCCUCGACGAAGCCUACAAUGGCCGCAUCGCAUAUCUCGCCGCUUAUACCAUCUGCAUUGGAAGCUUCAGCCUUGUCUCCAUGGCCUCAGUCUUUGAUAUCGUCUGGAAGCGUCCUUCCUCGAUCGUCACCAGGAACAGUGCAUACGCUUCAGCGUUGAACCUCAUCGGCUUGUUGUGUGUCCAGUCUUUUGUGAUCCCAUUCAUCUUCUGCAUCCUACAGAUCGUCCCCGUGCAGACUAGCAUGCUGCACCCGGAGAUCAUGCUCCUCCCAUCUGUCUACGUGAUGCUCCCUCUCGGCUCCCUCUUCAUGACCGUCAAUUCUACCGCCGUUGACGAUGCCGAGGCACAGAAGGCUUCGCCACUGCCGCCGAACUCCAUGCCGCCAAAGCCUGCCUUCUUCGCCGACAGCGCUGCAACCUUGACUACCACCACCACCUCUGGUGCUUCGCGACCCUCGUCCUAUACGCUUGAUGCUGGACAUGGCAAGUCCGAGACAGAUCAGGAGCUUGGCGCCAUUGACUCCAUGGGCACUGCUACCGCUGAGAAUAAAGAUCACGAGGGGAAGGAGGCAUAUGUCUCUGAAAAGAUGGUUGUGGUUUGA